GUCUUUGACAGUGGUUCUCCUAACAUUUGAUGUCCUAGGAGGAGAGAGGAGCAGGAAGCAGAGAAGGGAGGAGGAGAAACAAAGCUGUGAAACACGGUAAGCAGCAGCAUUAUCUCGCCUCCUGCGCAUCUUCCGCGGCUCCGCAUCGCAGCGACCGGAGGAAGACAAUCCGCAUCUUAGAAAGGCCCAGACUGAACACUUCUCUUCCUGUGAGAGAAGGUGAACAGUUUCGGUCCCAUCUGCUCCUGCUGAUUGUGAAUAGAACCAGAGGAUGGAGCGCUUGCUGUGUCUGCUGCUCCUCAGCUCAGUAGCCCUGAAGAAGGCUGUUGGUGGAGAUGUGUGUGUGUCAGGUCAUGACAGCGGGCCAGUGUUUGAAGAACAGCCAAGCAGUUUAAUCUACCCAGAGGGCCUGAGUGAAGGCAAGGUGACCCUCAGCUGUCAGGCCAGAGCUAGUCCAGCUGCCUCCUACAGAUGGCUUGUGAAUGGCACAGAGGUCCCGUUGGGUUUGGACCUGCGCUACACCCUGGUGGCUGGCAGCCUGGUGAUCAGCAGUCCUGAGUCUAUUCGAGACACAGGCUCUUAUCAGUGUCUGGCCAUCAACCGCUGUGGCACUAUCAUCAGCCGAGCAGCUAACCUCAAAUUUGGUUACCUUCAUGACUUCCCUCCAGACAGCAGGAGUCCUCAGACGGCAUAUGAAGGCAUAGGAGCUUUCCUGGCCUGCCAGCCCCCUCUACAUUACCCAGCUUUGUCCUACCGCUGGUACGUCAACGACUUUCCCAACUUCAUCAAGAAGGACGACAGCCGCUGGUUUGUGUCGCAGGUCACAGGGAACCUGUACGUGGCUAAAGCAGAGCCAAACGACACUGGGAACUACUUCUGCUUCACCACCAUCAACAUGGAUAUCAGCACAAAGAGCACCUUCAGCAAGGCCAACCAGCUCACUGUGCUGCCUGAUGCCAAUCCCAGGAAGUCAGCUCCGAGCAUCAAAGUGCGCUUCCCAGCAGAGACCUAUGCCUUAGCAGGACACACCACUCAGUUGGAGUGCUUCGCCUAUGGAAAUCCAGUCCCAAAACUGCGAUGGAGGAAGGUGGACGGUUUGAUGCCAUCCAAGGCAGGGUCCAGUGCUGAGGGUCCCACCCUCAUCCUGCCAGAACUCUCAUUUGAUGACGAGGGUGUUUACGAGUGUGAAGCCUACAACUCAGAGGGUAGUGACACUUAUCAGGGACGCAUCAGUGUGCAAGCUCAGCCAGAGUGGCUGCAGGUGAUGAGCAACUCAGAGGUUGAGAUCAGUUCAGAGCUUCUCUGGAGCUGUGUUGCUGCUGGUAAACCACGACCCUCCGUACGCUGGCUACGCAACGCACAGCCACUCAGCACACAGGACCGGUUAGAGGUGAACGGGCCUCGUCUUAAGAUCAGUAACCUGGCCCUGGAGGAUUCUGGGAUGUACCAGUGUGUGGCUGAGAACAAACAUGGAACCAUCUACUCCACUGCUGAGCUCAGAGUCCAAGUUCAGGCUCCAGACUUUAGGUUGAAUCCAGUGAGGAGGCUGAUCCCAGCAGCCAGAGGGGGGCAGGUGAUGAUCGAGUGUCGUCCUCGAGCUGCCCCAAAGCCCAGCCUGUUCUGGAGCCGUGGCACAGAGCUGCUCACCAACAGCAGCAGAGUCACAGUAACACCAGAUGGAAUCUUGUGGAUCCACAACAUCAGCAGGGCAGAUGAAGGCAAAUACACCUGCUUUGCUGAAAACUACUUGGGCAAAGCCAACAGCACUGGACAUGUGUCUGUCAGAGAUGCCACUAAGAUCACACUGGCUCCCUCCAACGCUGACAUUAAUCAAGGGGAGAAUGUGACCCUGCAGUGUCACGCCUCCCACGACCCCACCAUGGACCUGACCUUCACCUGGGCCCUCAGCGGGGUCCUGCUGGACCUGGAGGACUCUGCCGGGCCGUACCACCGGGUGGAAGGGAAGGAAAACAUUGGUGACCUGUUGAUUGUAAAUACUCAGCUGAGUCAGGCAGGGAUGUACACAUGUACAGCUCAGACUGUGGUGGACAGCGCUUCAGCUUCAGCCAAACUAGUGGUCCGAGGCCCCCCAGGACCUCCCGGAGGUUUACUGGUGAAGAAUGUUGCUGAGGCAUCGGUGGAGCUCAGGUGGAGUCGCGGCUAUGAUAACCACAGUCCCAUCGGCAAAUAUAUCAUCAUGGGCCGAUCAUCGCUCUCAUCAGAGUGGAAGAAGAUGAGGACAGACCCUGUGAAUAUCGAGGGGAAUGCAGAGUCAGCGCGUGUGAUGGGACUGAUGCCUUGGAUGGAUUAUGAGUUCCAGGUCAUUGCCAGCAACAUCCUGGGCAGUGGAGAGCCCAGCAUGCCCUCACACACCAUCCGCACACAGCAAGCAGCUCCCACAGUGGCCCCCAGUGGUCUUGGAGGAGGAGGAGGAGAUCGAAAUGAACUCAUUGUUACCUGGACGCCAAUGGCCAGAGAGUAUCAGAAUGGUGAUGGGUUUGGUUACAUCCUGGAAUUCAGAAGGAAAGACACACAAUCUUGGGCAAUGGUGCGAAUUCCUCACGUGGAGUCAUCCCGAUACGUUUACUACAAUGACAGCCUGAUGCCAUACAGCCCCUUUGAGGUGAAGAUCAAAGCUUAUAAUCGCAGAGGAGAAGGUCCAUUCAGCCAGAUCGCUGUGGUCUUCUCCGCAGAGGAAGAGCCAGUUGUGGGACCAUCAAACAUCAAUGCCACGGCGCUGACGGCCUUUGACAUCCAGGUUUCCUGGGAGCCCGUUGUGCAGUUCACCCCCAACGCGAUCCUCAGAGGAUAUGAGAUCCGGUACUGGCGACAGCAUGAACGAGAAGCGGCAGCAGAUCGAGUGCGGACAGCAGGACUGGAAACAACAGCCAGAGUGUCGGGACUUAGACCCAGCACUAGAUACCAUGUUGCAGUUCUGGCAUACAAUAGUGCCGGCACUGGGCCGUCCUCACCACGCACCACCGUCACCACCAGGAAACCACCUCCUAAUCGUCGUCCAGGCAACGUGUCAUGGAAGACUGAUGGCUCAUGGGUGACGGUGAGGUGGGACCAUGUGAAGGCCAUGCACAACGAGUCAGCUAUACUGGGCUACAAAGUUCUGUACAAACACGAGGGUCAGACAGCUCUGAAGGUUCUGGACAGCACAAAGACGUCAGUGACCCUGCCGCUGCCAAAAGAUAAUGGUUACAUUGUGUUAGAGAUCCGGUCCUGGGGAGAGGGCGGGGAUGGGCCAGCACAUGAGAUCAUUGUGUCCCGAGACUCAGGAACUGGCAUGAUGGUGCAGAACAAUGCCGCCUCCACACUGUCCAGCCACUCUCUUCACCUCCUCACUGGAUUGGUUCUGCUCAGUCUUGUGUCAUUGUCAGGCCUGUGAUCUCAGACAGUCUGUGGACCUUUUUGCUUUAAUGGCUUCAAACUAAAGCUGUUCUGUGUCUCAGUCUGUCUUUUGGGUCAGGGGGGUUCUGUGGUAGGGGAAGGUCAUAACACUGAAGGGAUUGAAUGGUUGUUGGAAGAAGAGGGGUUUCAGUUUUCAUUUUUUUAGAUAAUAAAAACAAAGAGUGUCUUUUUUAAACAAAAUCCUGGAUGGGUUGAAAGGGUUGGGGGAGCAGGGCAGUCCUGUCUGGUUGUGUAUUUGUGUACCAGUGUCAGUAAAACCAUGCCUUAUGGGGACCAUCACAUUUGUGGCUGACACCUCUCAUACACGUGUUCUCCAAACUGUAGCUGGCGAGACACAGACUUCAGGUGUAAAUUAUUCAUAGAAUCAAUGAUGUGUAUAACUUGUGUACAUACAGUACAGUCUGACAUUCACUCUGAGAGCAACUCGACUGAUAAGUCUCUAAAUUCUGUAAAAACAGCGCCUCAUGCAUUUUUUACUGCUUGGUAUGUACUGUGAUAAUUGUAUAAUCACUGUUCCCCACAUUCCUAACACAUCUCUUGGAAAAGCUUCCUUUGACACUGCCAAAAACACCAAAUUGUCCAGGACAACAAUAAUGUGUCUUGGAAAGUUUCUACAUUAAAAUUCGUUGGCUACAAAGACCUGCAUAACAGCAGUGUUUACACAUCCCCAUCCCCAAAAGGCAAAAACUAGUUCAGUACAGUACAAUGAACCAAUAUCAGCCCUUGUUCAGUCUCUAAGACAGGGAUGGGCAACUGGAGGCCUGGGGGCUGCAUACGGCCCGCACCCUCACUUGAUGUGGCCCUCAUUACAACUAUAUGCAUUUGAGCAAGAAAUGUUAAAAGUGUUGUGUAAAAAUGCACAAAAUUACUUCUUGCAAUUAAUGUUGGUCUACUGUAAGUGGUUAUUUUUUAUUUGCUUCAAACCUUUUGUAUUCUGUCAUACAUGCAUUUGAGCAUGAAAUAUGUUAAGUUACUGCACAGUAAACAUAUUUAAAAUUGCAGUUUCAUCAUAUCUGGUAGUAAGUGGUUAUUUUUUAUUUGCUUCAAACCUUUUGUAUUCCUAUUUAUACUGUUAACCCUUUAUCAGGCGAAGAACUAUAUUUGGUAACUUCAGCAGAUAUCCAAAAUGAGGUCCCCAUGUCUCUCUGUGAGGUCGUAGAACCACAUGGAUUUUGGGUCAUAUUUCCAGAAAAAAGUUGCAAAUUUACAAGAUUAAAGUGGUAAAUCUAUAAGAAAAAAAGUCACAGACUUAAG